AUGGAUAAGGAUAAUGUAAUUGUUCUUUUGGCAGUGAUUUCAAUAUGGUUUCAUAUUUUCGGUAAGUGCAUCUUCAAUGUGAAUGUAAGAGACAGUCUAUGAUAAGAUAAUGUUAACUUAGUCUAUAACAGUGUUUCCGUAAAUUUAUAAUACACGAGCCAUACGCUUAGCAAAAGUUCGUUCGUGAUUUAUAAUUUUUUGUAAUGCAAUUCGGCCAUUUGUAACCGAUUCCAUAAACGAAUAUAGUUCCAGUGUCCAGUGAAUAUAUAUAUCUGUCAUAUGCGAACGACUUUUGUCAUUCGUGCAUGACCGUAAGUCAAAUACAAUUUGAUCAUCCUGUCUCGCAUGGCAUCGGUUAUGAAUGGAAUCUUGCUAUAGCAAAUUCUUAUAGGAACACAGCUCAUAUGAGUAGGAACACAGCUCAUAUAUGAGUAGCAUCCGUCAGCCUUGUGCUUUCUUCCUAUGAUUUAUUCUUUGCAGCACAUGCGUAGUAGAGAGAGAGAUUUAUGUAUCCAUUUUCUCCGCAUUCGCGUAGCGGAAACGGAAAGCAUUCAUUAUGGAGUUUAAGCUUCACGUUAGCGGGAACGCGGCAAACGGCAAGACCGACUUUUCUUGCCAUAAUUUUCGUUCGAUUUCUGCGUGUCACAUUUUCUUUCAUAUGACACAGGAAUAGUCAAGUCUUUUUCGACACUACCCUAUUAUCGCAUUAAUUGCACUCGUGCAAUGCGACUUUGAUCACUGUGCUUUGAUAUUUCAUAUCUUCGGUUCAUUGAAUGCUAUUUUCACUGUGCUUUGAUAUUUCAUAUCUUCGGUUCAUUAAAUGCUAUUACAUAGGCUAUGAAGACAAAAAUACCACUAUGUCAUUUGGCCAAGCGGUGAGUAUAAAUAAAGCAAUGAAUAUAAACUCUACUUUUCAAUUCAAAAAAGUUUGAAAGAUGCAAAGUUUGAGCAAUGUUUAUGGGUCCCCCUUUGUUAUGAGCAUAGCUGAUGCGCAGAACGGAGUGGAAAUCAUCUUUAAACUCUCGAGGAUCAAACAUGAUCAGGGUAAUUUGUAUAUCAAACUUUAAUGAUCUUUAAUCUUUAAUCUGAUACUCCUAAAUUGGCUUACACUAUACUAGGAGAAAUAUAGGCUAUACUAUGAUCUGAAGUCAUGCAUCAAGAUUUUGGGCAUAACUUAUAAGUUAAAAACUUAUCAUGGAAAACCUACUCCUUUGUAACCGACUAUAAAAUAUAUAUUCCUGGAAGUAACAUAUAUGGUCCAGUUGUUUUCCCUAUGUUGCAAAUCAAAAUUAUACAUGCAUUUUGUGUAGGGCUUCAUAUACGAAUAUAUCGCUCGAUGACGCUCCUUCAUUUCGGUGUUGUUGAGCACUCUGUGGAGUUGUUAAUAUGUGUCUAAAAAUUGCAUACAAGCUUUCGCUCGAAACUCAUCUACAAAAACGCAACAACUGUUAGUUCUAUCGAGCGAGGCCCAAAAUCUUGAUACAUGACUUCAGAUCAUAGUAUAGUUCUCCUAGUAUAGUGUAAGCCGAUUUAGGAGUAUCGGAUUAAAGAUUAAAGAUCAUCAAAGUUCGAUGUACAAAUUACCCUGAUCAUGUAUGAUCCUCCAGAGAAAGAUGAUUUCCACUCCGUUCUGCGCAUCAGUUCUGCUCAUAACAAUAACUUCCAUGUAAAGUAGUUAAAAUGCACGACCGAGAUAAGCCUUGGAUAACACCUUCAUACAAGGAACUUAUUAAAAACAGACAGAAGGCAUUUUUUCAGAAAAAUGACAAAUUGUACCGGCGACUACGUAAUCGUGCCAAUCGAGAAAGUAAGUACCUUAAAUCCGCAUUCUUAGAACAUAAAUUGAAACAAUUGAAACGUAACCCUGAUCCUAAGAAAUGGUGGGACACCGUAAAACAAAUAGCUGGCUACCCUAAGAAGAAAUCUUUUUCAAGUAUUGUCCUAGGAGAGCAAGUCGUCUCUGGAAAGCAACUUGCUGAAAAAAUUAACGAGGCUUUCGUAUCCGUUACUCGAGAUAUUCCCCCCCUUAGUCCUAUCCCUUUCCCCGAUAGCCAAUUACAAAGCGAUUGUACUACAAUUCCAACCGAGUACAUUAUUAGGGAAGAAGACAUUUAUUAUAAAUUAUCUUCAAUAUCAUCCUCGAAAGCGGCUGGUCCAGAUGAAAUACCGAAUUGGGUCCUAAAAGAUUAUGCGCCCCUGCUGUCUUCCCCUGUUACUUCAAUCUUCAACGCCUCCCUUCAACAGGCGUCUGUUCCCGGGGUAUGGAAAAAAGCCGACGUCAUCCCUGUACCUAAAAAUAAGGUGCUGAGGGACAUUACUAAAUAAAGACUUGCGUCCCAUCUCGCUUACUGCCACUUUGUCAAAAACGUGUGAACGUUUUGUCGCAGACUGGCUGAUGGAGUUGAUUGGUGAGAAGAUCGAUAAACGGCAAUUUGGAUCUCUAAAAAACUCUUCAACAACACAUGCAUUAUUGAGCCUUCUCCAUCACUUAUUAAACGAAACUGAUGUGCCGAAAAACGCUGUGAGAAUUUUUUUAUUAGACUUCUCCAAAGCUUUUGAUCAUAUCGAUCAUAACAUCCUCCUCAGUAAAUUAUCUGAUAUGGACGUUCCAUCAUUAAUAACAAACUGAAUAAGAAGUUUUCUUACUCAACGAAGCCAACGGGUCAGAAUGCCCCAUUGUGUGUCAGAAUGGCAAAUCCUCAACGGUGGAGUACCCCAGGGAACUGUUUUAGGCCCAAUCCUCUUCCUAAUCAUGAUAAACGAUCUCCUCGCUGAUUGGAAAGACCGAUGGAAAUACGUUGACGACACCACCACUACCGAAACCAUUGGCCCAGAUUGUAACAGCAACCUUCAAGAACUGGUUAAUUACAUCAAUAAUUGGACUACGAGUAAUAAUAUGAAAUUAAACAUUGGAAAAUGCAAAGAACUGGUUAUUGAUUUUGCAAAAAAGAAGCAUUGCUUUCCCCCUUUAACAGUCGAUAAAGUUAAUAUUGAACGAGAGAAAUCUGCCCGUAUCCUUGGCCUCACAGUCCAAGAUAACAUGAAGUGGAAUGAACAUAUAAAUAACAUAGUUAAAAAAGCUAGCAAGAGGCUCUAUAUGCUAAGACUGCUAAAAAGGUCCAACGUGUGUAUUGACACGUUAAUUACUGUAUAUACUACCAUUAUUAGGCCUGUUUUAGAGUACGCAUGCCAGGUCUGGCAUUACAAUAUCCAACAAUAUUUAUGUGACGAUAUUGAAAAAAUACAAAAACGCGCGUUGAGAAUAAUCCUCCCAUCGCAAAAGUACGACGAAGCGCUGAUCACGACUAACAUCACGUCACUGAGAGAUCGACGAGAAAAAUUAUGCGAACAUUUCUUUGAGAAGAAUAUUGACAAUGAAAAUCUCAAAGAUCUUUUACCACAAACAGGUUUAUCUGGAUAUGAUCUAAGACCGAUAUGUAAAUAUCAUAAUUAUGUUUGCAGAACCGAACGUUUUAAGAAUUCGUUUUUACCUCAAAGUAUAUUAAAGAUUAACAGUAAAUAAGUUUUUAGAAAUGUAAAUAAUCUUAAAUAUGUAAUUAUUAUGUAAUUUUAACUUAUCCUCUUAAUUUAUGUAAUACUGGUGUAAUUUAACCUUUUUGGGUUACAAAGUCAGUAGUCAUUAAAUCAAUUCAAUUCAAUUCAAUUCAACAAAGGGGGACCCCCAGAUAUAAACAUUGCUCAAACUUUGCAUUUUUCAAACUUUUUUUUUGAAUUGAAAAGUAGAGUUUAUAUUCAUUUACAAGCAUAACGAACCAGAAAAGUGUUAGAUAUUCAGUUAGUAUAUUAUAUUCUCUAUGAUCAUAUUUUACAAAUAUAGCAGUUCAAAACGUAAACAAAGUUCGCGCAUGCGCACAGGAGUGGACAUCAUCUUUAAAGUUCAACCUCAUAAUUAGGGCUUUUACUAGUGCAGAUAGUUGGACAUAUAGAUGAUUGCAUGUCAAAUGCUUAAGUAAAGUUCAUAUAUUUUCCAAAAUUUCUUAGCAAGGAUAGCAGGCCACACAGUGCUGGAAGAGUACAACUGCGGUCAGGCUGAUAUCCAAUAUAAUGUUACCCUAAAAGGAGGCACAAUGGCGGGCUCGUUCAGAAACCACGGUCCCACUAAGAACAUCCAGGAAUGUAUCCACAAUUGCUGUAUGGCUAAAAAAUGUGAUGUCGCCAUGAUGGUUGGCAACCGUUGCUAUGGAGUUCGUUGUUAUAAUUCUACUAUGUGUGAAACUGUACCGGCUGAAGGCAAGGCUAUCGAACAGGAUAUGCAGAUUGCGCAUGUCUCGCCGAAAGAAAGUGUGAAUAUUGGUAAGAAGUAGCCUGUGUGUCAGGCUUUAUGCUUGAAAUAGAGCCUGCUACUGAAGUCAAUAAAAAGUGGACAGUGAUUUGGAUGUACAAAAAUAACAACCAAUCAAAACGGCGAUUGUUAAUUAAUUAGAUUAUCAAAGCUAGUUUAAAAUAUGACAAUAAUGGCCAAUUUUUCCGCCAAUAUCUCGAAAAAAUAUUCCAAUUAGGGCCUAUAAUUAAACAGCUAGGAAUUACAUACUAAAUAAUAAUAAUGUUUAUUGGCCGUGUUUAUAGACAGCAAAAGCAAGUGCGGAAUAACGUAUUACAAGUACGGAAUAUCAUAUUACCUAUACAACAACUUGAUAUUAACUUACAGUAAAAGGCGAGGCUAUUUAUUUCUGACAAAUGGGAAUUUUGCGUACUAUUCGUACGCAUAAAUACACUUUUUAUUGACUUCAGUAGCAGGCUCUACUUCAAGCAUAGAGCCUGACACGCAGAGGCGGACACGCAAUGGCGGAAAUUGACAUCCAGUGCCACUCCUUUGCAGUAGUAUAUUAACACGAGGCUGAAAGUACAAACUAUAUUUCGUGUUUUGACUUGGAUUUAAACCGGUGACCUGCGUAGAUAUUGGACAACGUCAAUUCCCGCCAUCUUCAGUGGCGCCGUGGCCGGGGGGGCCAUGGCCCCCCCUAUUGUUGAGACCCGUCGGAAAAUUGUCAAUGUUGUCGGAAAUUGUCGGAAAAUUGUCAAUGUUGUCGGAAAUUGUCAAAGUUGUCGAGAGGGGUGAAGAUUUAAAAUGUUGUCGUCCGGAAAAAUUUUUGGUUUGUCGGAAAAAUUUUUCGGUUUGUCGGAAAAGUACUGCCCUUGGCGCCCCCAAAAACAUGGGUCCCACGGCGCCACUGGCCAUCUUAUACCUUCACCUUUCCUAAUUUGCCUAAAAGAUUUAAUCUUGCUAACACUGUAACUGUGACAAUUUCGAUAUGGUGCUCAGUGUACACGCUAGGCAACAAAAUUUCUCUUCUUCCUUCCCCUCAUAGGCAACUUCCAUGUUGAAACUUCAUAUAAUUAAAGCCCUCGUACAACAGCUUCGAUAUUGCAAAAUAUACACGAGGAUACAAUAUGUCAUUUCCCACUCUACAGAUACGCUCGACCCAAAGGAUAAAGAAAAGUUCGACCUGGAUGCAAAAUGCCCUCACAACGAAGUCAUGUACAACGUCAAAUUACGUGGUGGACUUUUGGCGGGAAAAUUUACAGAUAUCGGCAAAGUCCGAAGUAUCAAAACAUGCAUUAGAUACUGCUGUCAAACACAGAAAAAAUGUGAUUUGGCGUUCCUGCUCAAAGAUAGGUGUUAUUUGGUGAAAUGUUAUAACGAGGAACGAUGUCAAGCAUUGCCUUCGCCUUCGGUUGAUUUUAAUUUCGAACAGAAAAUGGCGUUCGUUGCUCCGUGGCUUUACAAGACUAACAAGAAGUUAGGUAGGGAUGGAUAAUGCGAUAAAGCUUCUUCAAGAAACAGAAAGAAAGAACGGCAGAUGAAGUCUUCAUAUACAGGAAUAAAACCCCAUUCAUGUUUAAUCGGCCGGGGGCAUGGUUCUCCAGAAUUUAUUGAUGAAUAUCUUAUUGAUUAUUUCAGAAGUUCUUUCGAAUGAGCUGGCCUGAAUUUUUAUUGCAAUGACUCCUCUUAAACAAUGAUAAGGCAACAUAAUUUUAUAACUGUAUCUUCUUUGAUAUAUCUUUUUAGUAACAGUUCCAUCUGGUCAAUCACCGCACCACAUUCAGUGCACCCAAAGUAAAGUCUACAACAAUGUCAAAAUUAGUGGCGGCUCCAAAGCGGGCGACUUCACAGAUGUAGGAAAGGUAGGCAGAAUGCACAUCUGCACAAGGCUAUGCUGUGAGGAACCGGUGUGCGAUCUCGCCUAUAUGGUUAGGCAGUCUUGUUUCUUGGUUAAAUGUGCUGACGAGAAGAAGUGCCGUGUUAUCGGAGCUGGAAUAGAGGACAAGAAAAAGAACAAAACUACCGAUACCUCUGUUCAGUAUAUCGUAAAAAGAAAAUAUAACGUCCAGUUUGGAAAAGGUAAGUUUAAUAUUCACUUUAUUGCUCAUCACUGCAAAAAAGUGUGUAUUUGAAAGCUUGUUAGAUAGAUCCACAUUUAACUUCCACUAUCGCUACCAUUAACCAAUCAGAUGCGUUUGAUAUAUCCAAUUAACCAAUCAGAUGCGUUUGAUAUAUUCGAUCAAUCAAUCAGAUGCGUGCUAAGCCAGUGGAAAAUAGCGGUAGCGGAAGUCAAAUCUGAACAUCUCUAUUAACAACGGGAAUACUCUUUCAAUAUUUCGAUAACUUAUAAUGAUUCUAUAUAUCUUCAACUAUAUAUCUAUAUAUACAAAUACCACAUCAGCAACAAUUGUUUUGGAAAAAUUCAACAUGAUUUGAUUUUAAAAUCCAAGGGCAAUUAAGGAUUUUUUGCUAAUGUCCUGAAAAAUUACUACAAAAAUUACACCACAGAAGUAUAGAAUGUGCAUGAAUGUGUCGGGAAAUCGUUUUGUUCAACGUAAUUAAGAUGUUUAUUUAUCUAGAUGGUGUGCCGAUGACGACAAAAGAGAAGAAACAGCAAAUGCGAUGCCGUGUAAAAGGACGGGUGGAAAAGAAUGCGGUUCUUCGCGCGGGCAUGAUCUCAGGGGAUUUGACGCCACAUCCGGGUAUCAAAAGAAUCAAACCCUGCGUCAAGAAAUGUUGUCAGGACGUGAAAUGUGAUGUGGCUGUGAUGCUGGAGGAUAAAUGUUAUACCGUGAGGUGUGUUAAUAAGGAAUAUUGUCAGUCAAGGCCCGCACCGCCCUCAGCGUACUCCAAGAAACCAAAAUUGGCUUUUGUGGAGAGAGAAAAUCUAUACAAAGGUAAGAAAUGGAUUUUCAGUUCAUAUUCACACUAGAGUGAAAAGCUAGACCUUAAUACGGUUCCAAAUAGUCCCUUUUUCAGAAACGGCAAAGCAGUGAGUGACGGAAUGGUCUGGAGAUGGGAUUAUAAAAACAAUCAAAAGGCAAUAUUCCGAUCACUGGAUCGUACCUAGAUCGCACUACUGUAAUGUUAUGACCAACUUGCGCAAAACGUUGUUCUAAUCAAUUUGCUAUUAUCGCUAAUCAUUUUAGAUCCGUACGAAGUUCACCAUCACAUCGAUAACAAGAACAACAUUGAUGAAGAUAUCGAUGACGAUGAUGAUGGGGAUGACGAUGAUGAUCAAGAUAAUGAAGCUCUCAAACAUGCCAAGACGAAUUAGAACAUAUGAAGGUUUAAGAGCAGCAUGUGAUCGGAACUCAGUCACAAAAGAAUGGACCACACUAGAGCUACACUAGAAAUUUUACACCUGCACUAAAUACUUCAAAAAAAGACGAUGACGAGGAUUCCUAUGCCAGAAAAGAAAAAUGAUAGAACAAUUCUUUGCAUUUGACUAGUGGACUUUACUACUGCUUUAGGGAUAGUUUAUAGACUAUUAGUUUGAUUUUAGUUUGAUAUUCAAAGAUGAAACUGCAAGCUUGUGAUAUGAUGCUAUAGAGGAGCAGAAAAAUUCCCUUGUGAUUAUGUACCUACAGUAUUGUGUACUCCCACGAACAGAGCCAGAUUACAACGAUAUCGAUAUUUUAAAGUGCAGAAGUGGAAAUAAAAAAUCUGAGGCAGUCAUGCUUUUCUCUUGUAUAGAAUUAACAAUAGAGUCAUAAUGAUUUCUAUAUAUAGUUAUUACUCAUCUCAAUUUGGCAUCUUUGCCAUGAUCGGAGAAGCAACUAAUGUAAAACUGUAUAAUUCCUCAUCUCUUGGUUCAAAUUUCAUUCAUCAGAGAUUACAUGCGCGAGG